AGCUUUAGCAGCAUUUGUGCAAAAAAGGCGCGCAGAGAUUGUUUUGUUAAUUUUUCCUUAAUCCUUGCAUGAGUCGGCGUAAUGGCACUUUGGGUGGAUAAAUACCGUCCGCGUGAACUUUCCAAAUUGGAUUUCCACAAGGAGCAAGCGGAGAACCUUCGAAACCUAUGCAAGCAAAGCGAUUUCCCGCAUCUUAUGUUCUACGGACCCUCGGGUGCCGGAAAGAAGACGCGCAUCAUGUGUUUGUUGAGGGAAAUGUACGGAUCCGGCGUGGAGCGCCUGAGGAGCGAAACCAUGACGUUCACUACACCCUCCAACCGAAAGAUUGAAGUGAUGACGGUCAGCAGCAACUACCAUUUGGAGGUCAAUCCCUCUGAUGCCGGCAUGUACGACCGGACGGUAGUGAUUGAUCUAAUAAAGCAGGUUGCCCAGACACACCAAAUCGAAAUCAGCGGACAAAGAGAAUUCAAAGUUAUCGUAAUCUCCGAGGGCGACGAACUCACCAAGGAUGCUCAGCACGCCCUACGCCGGACCAUGGAGAAGUACGUGGCCACGUGCCGGAUCAUCAUUUCGGUGAACUCCACGUCUCGCAUCAUUCCGGCCAUCCGGUCGCGUUGCUUGGGUAUCCGUGUUGCCGCACCAAACGAAACGGAGAUCGUAUCCAUAUUGCAGAGCACCUGCAAGCGGGAGGGCCUUGCCCUGCCUGUUGAGCUUGCCAAGCGGGUUGUGGACAAAUCGGAACGUAAUCUCAGGCGAGCUCUGCUAAUGUUAGAGGCUGCUAAGGUAGCCAAGGCACCAUUCACUGCUAACCAGGAGAUUCCCGACUUGGACUGGCAGGUGUUCCUUCGUGAGACCGCCGCCCAGAUCAUCAGCGAGCAAACACCUGCCAAGUUGGAGAAGAUUCGGGAAAGGUUGUACGAACUGCUUACUCAGGGCGUACCUCCCAAUCUCAUUUUCCGAGGCCUGGUCGAGCAGCUAGUGAACAACUGUGAUAUGUCCAUCAAAGCAAAGACGCUCGAAUUUGCUACAGAGUACGAGCACCGGAUGCAGUCUGGUGCUAAGCACAUUUUUCACCUGGAAGCUUUCGUCGCUCAAUUUAUGAACAUCUAUAAAAAGUUCCUUUCUGAGCUGGUCAUGACGGACGAUUUCUAAUAAGCUCAGAUUUACACAUAUUUUAGACUUUAAUUCAAGAAACUUAUAAAAUAAACCGAAUAAACAAACUAUUGGAGUAA